GAUCCACGUGCACAUUCACGCGCCCAUCCAAAACUGAUACUCCGACCCACCAAAAGCAGCGACCAUUAAUUUCCUCUUCCUUUUUAUUAACUCCUUGGAUUAAACCAAUCAGCAAAUUCUUGCCCGUGGAAAUUAGAAUUCCCCAGCAGAAAUAGGUGCAUCGUCGCGUUCUUUUAAUCUAGUAAAAUUCUUCCAUUUUUUCAGUAAUCCUUUCCCUUCCCCUGCAUCGAUCGGAGUAUCGGACCAAGAACAGAGGGUAGAAUCAGGUAGAAAGAAACAAGAACUGACUUAGCCAGUGGUAAUUCCGGCCUCCAUUUGGUGGAUUUAUCCAAUACGAUGGCAAGAGUGUCCGGUGAAUCGUGACUUAAUUCCUGACGAAUUUCUCGUGGUUUCCGUGGACAAAGCUGUGACCUUUGCGAUGCAGUACAACCACCGUAGCCGCUUGCCGCCGCCGCCGCCGUUCGGCCGUGGUGGGUAUCCUCGCGGCCACAAGCAGCCGUACUACGCUCCUCCUCCUCCUCCGCCGUUUCCGCCGGCGCCGCCGCCGCCGCCGCUAGAGCGCAAGUACGAGGUGCUUAUGGAGGCCGGUCGCCUCGCUGCCGAGUAUCUGGUUGCCCAGGGCGUGCUCCCGCCAGCCGCCCUCCAGCGUGGCGCCGGCAUCUCUGGCACGUGGCUUGCUCAUCCUCUUCCUCCGCCCCCGCAGCUACCACAGCAGCAGGAACCCCCCGGGUUUUAUGGCCGGAGGAGGUACGAAGAUGAAUACAACAGUAACCCUAACGGCUGGCCUAGGCGAGCCAAUGGCACUAGUAGCAGCACUAGUAGCAGAGAUGAUUGCAGCCGUGGCAGCUACAAUGGAAGAGGGAAGAGGAAGUAUGGGGAGUACAGGAGGGGGUAUCUGGACUCAGGGAGAGACAGGGAGGAGAGAGGAAGGCCAUUUCCGAACGGUCGGCACUACGAGGAGGAUGGGGAUGAAGAUGGGGCACCUGGGUUUCAGAGAGAGCGCCGCGGCAAUCGGGGGAAUGAUGAGGCGAGUACUAGUGUUACAGAGGCAGUGAGGGAGGGGACACCAUUGACAGCGAAGGCUGUAGCAGGGUUAUGCAUGGAGGAUACAACAUCGAAGAUUAUGAGCUCUGUCAAAGAUACUAGUAAGGAUGCUAAUGAUGCAUCAAAGGUGCUGGAGGAGACUGAGGAAGGUGAGGUGGAGGAUGACAGUGGGACGCAAAAUUCAGAAACUGAGGUGGUUAAGCAAGGGAUAGACACCGAUGUAAAUCAUGCUUCUUGUCGUGUUGUUACAGAGUCAGAUCCCAAACAGUUACCAUAUGGUAAGAUUGAAGAUGAGGUUCCUGAUGAGGAAGCUGGAAAUGAAAAAAAAGUUAUGGAUGAGGCUACUUUGGAUCACAACACUUCUGAUGGUGAGACAAAUAUGGAAGUUGAGAUGCAUGUUGGUAAGGAUAGUUUGAUUGACUAUUGUAACUUCACAAGAACCCCAACAAGGCCCAGGUCAGUGCGUGCACACAGAAAUGCAGCAUGUAUCCCAGGAGAAACUGCAGUUGUUGAAACAGUUGAUCUAGUUUCUUCUUGUCAAGCUUCACAGAUGGUAAUCGGUGAUUCUGCUGAGAGAUCUUUGACUAACGUCGCGUCAGAAAACAGAGAAGAUAAAAUUUGCCAUGAAAACACUAGCUCUGGUGAUGUCUGUGCUGAACCAAAAGAGUCGAUGCUUCUUCAAGAAAAUGGAAUACCAGUUGGGACUGGAAACAUGGUAGAAGAGAAGGUUGAUGCACAACCACAUGUGGUUGUCCAGCAAUAUAAGGAAGAAACUAACUUAUCUCCGUUAACAGAUGCCCUCAAGAAGAGCUUGAUGCAGGAAACCACCUUAUCUCCAUUUGCAGCUUCUCACAAGGAUAGCUUGACGCAAGAGGAUGGCUUCAUGCAAGAAGCUGAUUUAUCUCCGUUGACUGCUAAUCACAGGGAUAGCUUGAUUGAAGAAACCAAAUUGCUACCAACAACAGCUUUUCACAAGGUCAGCUUGAUUGAGGAAACUGGCUUAACUCGGACAAUAUCUUAUGAGAAUAACUUGAAGUUACAAUUUAAGGAAGGAACAAAGAUCGGUGAUAUCGAUAUGCUGCCACAAGAUGUGGACCUGAUUGAGUUGCCCGAUCAAAGGAAAAUAAUUGGUCAUGAUGUUGGUGCUGAAACUGUAAUAGAAAUGGAAAAGGGAAAGCUGGAUCAAUCUAGCUCACUAAAUCUAUCCGAUCUUGACCUAGUUCGUGGUACAGAGGUUGCCGCUGUACACAAUUGUCCAGCGUUGGUCCAGCCAUCUGCAGCUGGAUCUUCUGCAGAGUCAAAUAAUAAACAGCAAGAAGGUCCUGAAACUUUUACAGGCGCCAAUGCCAGUCAUACAUAUGAUUUAUGCCAGAUUCCAUUAGAUAAUAAGGAUGUUCAAGUAAUUGAUAUAGAAUGUGGCACACCAGUUGAAGUUGAUGGAUUUGAUUUGUCAAAGUCAAAGAAUGAGAUGAUGUGCUCUAGCAUGGAUAGCAUGAUGGACCCCGGCCAUGGAAUACAUACGGAUAUUCUUCCUGGUAUUCAAGAUGGAUACAGCCUUGCAUUUUCUGAUUUUCUUGGUUCUGAUAUACCAUGCUACCCAUCAAUGCAAUCAGAUCUUCAUGCUGGAAUAGGUGCCAACGACUCUGAGGGCAUUGCUGUCAUGGAUGAUCCAAUAUAUGGGUCCCUCUCUGAUAUUGGUUUCAUGGACGUGUGGGGGCAGCCCACUCAAGACUACGACAAAUUCUUCUAGGCUGCCGCCGGGGGCCGAGGUUCAGUGAUUUGACAGGAGAAUUAGUUGAGUUACCUGAGUACAGGCGAGAAUAAAUAGAUCGGGUUAUCUCAGAGAAAUGUUGUAAUCAUUCCUAAUUGUAGAGCUAGACAAACUCUCUUUUUUUUCGAUACCCAUUUCGACGGAGUUACUGAUCCAA